AUGUCUGUCAUCGCUACCAAACGACUUGCCAAAGAACUUAACGAGAUCAAAUCUGACGGAUGUCCUGUUGGAAUCAAUCUCCUCAAGGCCGAUGACUUCGCGACGUGGUGGUUCACGAUCGAAGUCAUGGGAGAAUCGGUUUACCAGUCCGAGGUGUAUACGCUCCAAUUUCGCUUUGACUCGGGCUACCCCAUCUCCGCCCCGGCAGUCCAAUUCGUCGUCACCGAGGGACGAGCAGCCCCGGUGCACCCGCAUGUAUACUCUAAUGGUCAUAUCUGCGCCUCUAUCCUGGGUAGCGAGUGGUCCCCGGUACUCAGCGUAGUGGCGGUUUGUAUCACCCUGCAGAGCAUGCUGGCUUCUUGCAAAAAGAAAGAGCUGUGCGAAUAUCACAUCCUGUCCAUCCUACUGCUCUCCUCUGAUCUCAUGCUCUGCAGUCCUGUGGACAACGCCCGCUAUAUCCGACAUGCUCCAGAUAACCCAAAGAAGACCCAGUUCGAGUACCACGGUGCGCAAGCUUUCUUCGAUUCUGUUCACCCACUCAAUCCCUCGGCGAUACUGGAUUAG